AUUCCCUGAGAGCAUCAGUCUAUCCCGAAAAAUUAAUCGUCAAAGAAGGAAUUAGCGUUACAUUUACGUGCAAUGUCACAGGGCCCCAAAUAACAUCCCUCGUCUGGACCAAGAACCUGAAACCAAUCAUUACAUCUGCGAGAACUAAGUUAAUCAGUUCUGAAGUCCUUCAAAUAUAUUCUGUGCAGAGGGAUGACAAAGGAAUGUAUCAGUGCUUUGUACGAAGCAAUGACCACUCAGCUCAAGGUGCUGCUCAACUUAGCUUAGAAGAGGAUCCUCCGGAAUUUCGAGAGGUCUUCUCCGAUCAUCUACUUCGACCCGGUUCCAGAACAUCACUUCGUUGCUUGGUAACUGGUAACCCACUACCUCAAGUAUCUUGGAGGCUGUAUAGCCGACCAGUGGUUGAGGGUCUUGGUGUAAGAAUAGGCGAUUUCGUGGAUUCUCAAGGACUCUUGAUGAGUUUCAUCAAUAUUUCAUCUAUUACACCAGAGCACGGAGGAAUCUAUUCAUGUCAUGCCAGGAACGAGAUCGGUGCUAUAAGCCAUUCAGCUCGGCUAUCUGUUAUUGGUUCACCAUAUAUCCAUCCAAUGGAUAAUGUCACGGUUGUUACUGGAGACGAAGUCAACGUAGACUGCGCUGUUUCCGGACAUCCACUGAGAAAUAUACGAUGGAGGAAAGAUAACACAUUGUUAACUGGAGGACAAAGAGUGGCAGAUCAUAGGAAUGGCACUCUGUCUAUUGCUCAAGCUGCAAAAGAUGAUCAGGGGUGGUAUCAUUGUGAAGUUACUGGUAAUCAAGGAGAAAAAGCCGUCGGAUCAGUUUUCGUGAGGGUCGUUGAAAGACCUGUCAUCAAUCCCUUCAUUUUCGGAGAUGAACUAAAGGAAGGCAUGCGAGCAAUGGUCGUCUGCACUGUCCUUGCAGGAGAAUCUCCAAUUAAUAUUCUCUGGUUGAAAGACUCAGUUCCAUUUCUUCAUUCGGAACACCGAGAUGGAAUACAUGUAACAAACUUGGGAGAAUUUGCUUCCUCGCUCACAAUCCCUUCCGUGUCCCGAUAUCAUGCUGGGAAUUACACAUGCCUUGUCGCGUCCGGUGCUGCCCAAACAUCAUACACUGCAGUUAUGACAGUGAAAG